GUUUUUUUUGUUUCACAAACAAACGUUGCGACAAAGUACGUGUUUUUGCGGGAACGUUGCGGGAUACACGCGGUCUUUUCCUCGCUGCUUGGAGACGAAAGGAGGUAAUCGCCGAUCGAUUCGAUCGCGAUCGGUCAUUGCGUGGUGCGGUAACAAAUCGCCCCUCGUUGAAGCGCUCGUAAUCAUAAUUACGAUCUCUCUCGUGGCGAGUAGCCAGAACAACAUGUCCGCUGUGGUCCGGAUCGGUGUUGCCCGUGGCGAUCGUUUGUUUACUAGCGGUACGAUACGAUAACACGCGCGAUACGCACGGCCUUACGUUCCUCCAGCUGUUUGUAUUAUGAAUGGAUUACCGUCUCGUAGGAACGCGAUACGCACACGACUUCCGUUUGUCUCCUCUUCGUCAGACAUCCCUGACACGGAGGUGCGCGGGUUAAGGGUUCAAGAUCGAACCCGGGACAAUCAGCUGUUUCACGCGUCACCCCGCAAACGACCUUAAAGAUACGAACAGGAUGCGUCUUCGCGCAGUGACGCCGUACGACGAUUUUACGCGUACGAGAAUCUCGCAUGUGCAUUGAAUGAGGAUGACGGAGCCGGAACUUUGCCGGCUGUGCGCCGAGACCAAGAAGAAUCUCAUCGGGAUCUACGACGCCGUGGGACAGAAACUCGCGAUCGAGGCCAAGAUUAUCAAGUGUUUGCAAAUACAGGUUUUAAUAACAGAUAGUUUACCACUCACAGUUUGCACAGAUUGCUGUGACUUGUUGAACCAAUGCAGCGAGUUUUUUGAAAAGACUAAUCAAGCACAAAUAUUGUUAAAACAAUUACUGAUAGAUUUAAAACCUGAACUACAACCAAUAGAACCAAAUAUAGAUUAUGUGGAAGAGACUAUAGAGUUUGGAAAAGAUGAAGCCAACAACAGAGAAGAGAUAGCUGAACGUCAAUUGCCUGGCAAUUAUAUCAAUGAGACAGUUAAUGUUUUGAAUACCUAUAACUUUAUUGAAGGAUGUGAUAAAAGUGAAAAUUCUGAAACUCGAGAAACACAAGGUAAUACAAAACAGAAGAAGUGUAAGAUACAGAUAAAAAAGAGUUCCCCUAAACAGACUAAGAAAAGAUUAAAGAAGAAAAACCAGAUGCAAAGGAUGGAAGAAGAAUCGGAACUCCAUGUGUCUUCCCAAAUAGACAAGGAACAGAAUGAUGCAGCUAUGAAAAAUAAUUUGAAGAUUGUAGAUAAUUAUAUAUCUGAGACAGAAUCUAAUUUAGAAAUAAGAGAAACACGAACGAUAGAAACAACCAAACAUGGAAGGAAAAAGGCAGAAGGUUUAGAAAGAUAUCCUUGGCUGUGUACAGAUUGCAAUGAUAAAUUACCAAGUCUAGAAGCAUUAGAGGAACACCAUGAAACAGUACAUAAUCAAAAAGCCAAGUAUAUGUGUGUGCAAUGUUGUAAGGUCUAUGAUAAGUACUAUGGAUUUCUUACUCAUGUUAAAAGGCACAAGAAUAAGGCAAAGUUUAGCUGUGAAGACUGUGGAAAGUCGUUUGUACAUAAAAAAGUAUUAGACUCUCAUAAGGCGAUCCACAGCGAGGAACGGUCAUUUGUAUGCCAAACUUGUGGUAAAGCUUUCAGACAGCAAAGUGCUUUAUAUAUCCAUAAUCGAUGCCAUUUACCCGAUACUGUAAAAAAUAGAUAUCCAUGCGAUCAAUGUGAUAAGAGAUUUUCUACAAAACCAAAUCUUGUAACACAUAAACGUAUCCAUUCUGGUAUUAGAAACUUUACAUGUGAUCAAUGUGGCAAGAGUUUUAUACAGAAAGGAAAUUUAGAAGCCCAUUUUUUAACUCAUUCAGUAGAUAAGCCAUAUAGCUGCUCUCAGUGUCCAAAAGCAUUUAAAACGCCCUUACAAUUGAAGAAACAUGAAACAGUGCAUACGGGUGCUAAGCCGCAUCAGUGCGAUGUAUGUGGAAGGACCUUCAGGGAGAAAGGAACUCUAAGAGAACACCAUAGAAUUCAUACUGGUGCGAUGCCGUUCACCUGUGAAUUUUGUGGGAAACGCUUCCGUUUCAAAGGGAUAUUAACUACACAUAGGCGACAACACACGGGAGAACGUCCAUAUAGUUGUUUAGAAUGUCAGCAUCACUUUACAAAUUGGCCAAAUUACAAUAAGCAUAUGAAGCGUCGACAUGGCAUUAAUACUUCUCACACUAAACAUCUAACCAAUAAUCAACAAUUGCAACAGACGACGGAACAAACGCAGCAUCUCGAAGAAGAUCCACUCCCUGUAUCUCAAACAGAAUCUACGACAGCGCAAGUAAUACAAGCAGUUCCUUAUGCUUCAACAUCACAACCCAUAGUUAUUCAAGCUAUUCCGACGACUACUAUUCAAACUUUUCAAACAGAUAUCAAUGGUGCUGUUCAAGAAACGGUAUUCAGAGAACGAAACACAACUUAUUUCAAUGCAGUCCCGGCCGCGCUCCAAAAUUUUUUGCCAACAAAUUUGCCAUAUAAUUUUUAUAGCAUUUCAAAUGUUACGGAAAAUGAUUUAAUUCAACAUAGAUAAAAUUGUUUCUCAAGACCAAGCUUAAAGACAACUAUCUUUGUACUGAUUAAUCAAGAAACAUAUGAUCAUAACAUAAUGUGAAAAUUAGACUUAUAUUAAUUAGACUCUUAUUAAAAUCACACAAUGUGAAAUAUGUAAACACAUACAAAGAUACAUUUGUAAAUUGAAGAACAAGAAAAAAACUUUAUUAGUAAUUAAGU